AUUCGCUUAUCUGAUGUUGAAGUCGCCGCCGCUAUGAUACGAAAAUGACACCGCUUCUCUUUUACUUAUUUAUAAUUGCUACAAAUCGAUUCUUCUCGUCCGUACAUAGUUUUUCGGCUGUUCGAAUUUGCUCGAAGGCUAUCGGAUUAACCGGAAGACAAAGGAGCAUUUGUAGUUCCAGACCGGAUGCCAUGAUUGCCAUAAUCGAAGGUGAAGAAUUGGCAAAGGAAGAGUGCCGAUAUCAAUUUCGUAAUCAUAGAUGGAAUUGUGCUAGAUUUCCCCCAGGAGUCGAAUUAUUCCCAAAAAAUUACACCGGUAUGUGUAAUAUAUUAAUAGUUUGCUAUUUAAAUAAAGAAUUAUUUAAAUAUUUAUAUCUAAUGCUAUUUUAAAGUUGAAUAUUAAAGGUGUGUAUUAAAUUAAAUAUGCUGUAUAUUUCUCCCCUCCUCAUAGAAAAAGGUGUAUAGUAUAUCAAUCAGUAGAUCUAUUGUGUCAAUGUUGUUGUUAUUUUUGCCUGAUUUGUCGCAAAUCGCUUAUAUUUAUACUAUAUAAGCUUAUUUUCAGACAACAAGACUCAUAGGAAUUUUUCUAAGAGUCAUAGAGGUGAGUUAAAAUAAACUAACCGACUUUCUCCUCCUAUUCCUACUCCGCCGCCUGCCUUUCUUUUCAAACUCAUUUAUUCUCCUUUCUCCUUUUUCAUAACCAACCUUUCCUCCACCCCCCACUACGCUCUCUCUCUCUCUUUCUCUCUUUCUCUUCUUUCUCUCUCUCUCUUUCUACUACUUUCUUUCCCCCCCUUUCUAUCUGACUAUUUAUCUUUCUAUCUAUCCCGCUUAUUCUGUCUCUCUUUUCAUGAAAUGUUAAUUCUCCUAUAAUCCUUCUAGUUAUUCAGUUGAGUAAUGAAAGAAUUCAAUCUUGAGGCUUAUAAGUUAAUAUAGGUAGUGUAAAAAUUAUCAGUUAUGACUCCUCUUAUACAAAUAAGCAGAAGAUUGUUUUUGAAAGAAAAAUGCCGUAAGGCAAAUUGAUAGAAAUAAUAAAUGGGUGAAUAUAUGACUAACAGCUACGAGGGAGGUAGCAGCAGUUUACGGAAUGAGGUCAUCAGCUGUAGCAUUUUCAAUAGCGAAACAUUGCAGUCAGGGACAUAUUCCGAAUUGCAGUUGCGAUAGAAAGCGAAGAGCUGACGACUGGUCAUGGAGUGGAUGUUCACCAAAUUUAAGAUAUUCCCUUGGACUUACAAAGAUUUUCGUCGAUUCCAAAGAGAGGCCGGGUAGUAACAGAGAGAAAGUUAUGAAUAUUCAUAAUAACGCCGUAGGAAGAAAGAUAAUGCGUAAAAGCAUGGAAACCAAAUGUAAAUGUCAUGGAACUUCCGGUUCGUGCGCUAAGAAAACUUGCUGGAAAUCGUUGCCGACUUUUAGACAAGUUGGUAAAAAAGUAUAUAAACACUACAAAAAAGCUAGGCCAGUGUCGACAUCUAACGGUAGGAUGAGAUUAAGAAGAUCAGAAAUUCAAAGAAAUAAAGUAUUGAGAAAGCAUUUAAUCUACUUAAGUAAAUCACCUUCUUAUUGCGAAGCUGAUGAGAGAGAAGGUUUUGAAGGAACAAGAAGAAGAAGAUGCUCUUUAAAGGGACCCGCAAGUUGCCGACGUUUAUGCUGCGAGCGUGGAUUUACUCUACAAGUUUUUAAUCAAACUGAAAAGUGCCAUUGUAAAUUCCAAUGGUGCUGCAAGCUUGUUUGUCAGACCUGCUAUAAUACUGUUAAGGAAAGAUUGUGUAAUUGAUAAAGUUUAACUCUGUUUUUUUUUUUAAAAAAAUGUAAAAUACGAAGAAAAAAGUUUUAUAUUUCUCUUCAUAUUUUACGUAUAAAGAGUAACUAUGUUUUUUUAAUAACCUCAUUUAAUAGAUCAAACAGUGAGAGAGCGAAAGAGCGAAAGAGAGAGAGAGAGAGAGAGAGAGAGAGAGAGA